GGGGCACACAGUCUUCCAGCUGUAACACAGGAAAAUAGUAGCCAGAGAGAAGAACCAGAAAUAAGCAUCUUGUGUUGCAAUACAUGCAAAAGGCCGUAUGAACAGUCUGCAAGCGAAGAGCACAUUGCAAAGCGUGUAAAACAUGACGAAGUAUACUCAGCGCCAACAGUCAGUGAAGAUAAAUUUUCAUAUAUGGGUGACUUUGCAGUCGUUUAUACAGAUGGUUGUUGUUCGGGUAACGGACGUAAUAGGGCACGUGCUGGAAUAGGUGUCUACUGGGGACCAGGCCACCCUUUAAAUACCAGUGAAAGACUUCCUGGACGGCAGACGAACCAAAGAGCUGAAAUACAUGCAGCCUGCAAAGCAAUAGAGCAAGCGAAGAGUCAAAACAUCAAGAAACUAAUUAUCUACACUGAUAGCAAGUUCACUAUUAAUGGUAUUACGAGCUGGGUUGACAACUGGAAAACGAAUGGCUGGAGAACAAGUUCAGGAGGAAGUGUAAUAAAUAAAGAAGAUUUUGAAAGACUCGAUAAUCUUUCAAAAGGCAUAGAAAUUCAGUGGAUGCAUAUUCCCGGUCACGCUGGCUUCCAAGGAAAUGAAGAAGCUGAUAGACUAGCAAGAGAAGGAGCUAGUAAACAAAAGUCCUGAUGUACCGGAACCAGAGACUGUUGCAGUGGGAGGAAAAGGACUGACAUCACAGUGACAAUUUGAACUGCUGUAAUUGUUUCGGAGUUGAACUUUGAACUGUACUCCUUUCUGGCCUGAAGUGUUAAAUAUAUACCAACUUCUGUGGAGAGAAAAAAACCCAAGUUUUCUUCUAUAGCGUUUGUUUUACAAUCGAGUCAAUAUUUAGUUGAUGAUACCAAGUGUUUGCUUUGUCUCUAUCUUAUGGAAGGGCCGUGAUCAGUGUUUUUAGCUGUCAUGUAGACUUCUGAAUUCACCAUAAAGACAGACUUUAAAUCUUUAUCCUAAGUGUUCUGUAUUUUCCUCAUAAUGAAAUAAUUUUUUGUACAG